UACGACGGAAAAUUGGGCCGACAUAUACAAGCUUGUGAUACCAUUUAAAAACAAGAGUUCGUUUGAUGUCACAUCAGAGAUGAACUUCACCAUUUUUAGGAUGAUUAAAACGGCUGAGAAUUUCCUCACUUCCUUGGGCUUGCAACAAAUGGUGCCCACAUUCUGGAACAGAUCCAGACUGACAGCCGAGGAGGGAUGGUGCUACCCAAUCGCUGUGGACUUCUUCGACGGAAAGGACUUCCGUAUUCAAAUAUGCACAGUUAUAACACAUUCAAGUUUCAUAGAACUGCACCGUUUAAUGGGUCAAGCUGCUUACAUGAUGGAGUACAAAGAUCAGCCAGUCGUUUACAGGGAAAGCGCUAAUCCAGCUUUCCUGGAGGCGAUUGGUAAUAUGAUAGCCCUGUCAUAUCAGUCACCCGAGCAUUUGAAGAGACUUAAUCUGGCUGAUGACAUACCUACAGAUUAUGAGACGGACAUAAACUUUCUGAUGAGCGUGGCUUUGAAAACAUUGGCUGGGCUUCCCUAUGCAUAUCUGUUGGAGACAUGGCGCUGGUCAGUGUUCGGUGGGAACAUCACGGAGGAGAACUAUAACAAGGAAUGGUGGAGACUUCGAUGUGAACUGCAAGGGGUAUCCCCGCCAGUUUCAAGGUCAGAAUCGGACUUUGACCCCGCCUCUGACGGCUACAUAUCUCUGGACGAACCUCGCAUAAGAUAUUUUCUGGGCACAAUUCUCCAGUUCCAGUUCUACAAAGCGGCCUGCAAGGCGGCACAACACGACCGCCCCCUACAUAAAUGUGACAUAUCUGGGAGUGCAGAAGCUGGCAAUAAACUUCGGAGUAUGAUGAAACUGGGAUCAUCUCAACAUUGGCGGGUGGCGCUCAAACAGUUCACUGGGUCCAGUCAAGUGGACAUCGGGCCACUAUUGGAAUACUUCCAACCGCUAACUCAGUUUCUUGAGAAGAAAAAUGGGAAAAACAUUGGAUCGAAUUCCCGUUGCUAG